AUGUCAUUCCAAAGAACCGUGCAUUCCAAGAGUGAUCCACUCUUAUCCGACCCGUUCCAUGACCACAAAAAAAAGGUUAGAGGUUCCAACAAACAAUUUCCUAAACCACAUUUCAUUUCCUUUGAUGUAUUCGGAACAUUAUAUACACCAAAAGCACCAAUUUCUCAUCAAUAUCAUGCAGUUGCACAGGAGGAAUUUGGAAUAAAUAAAUCACUAGAGUCAAUUGAGAAGGAAUUUCCAAAAAUAUACUCCGAGAUAUAUGAGAGAUAUCCUAAUUACGGCAAAAGAUCUUCAGACAUUGGAGACUGUGAUAUAUGGUGGCUGGAGAUUAUUGUUAAGUUAUUCGAUAUACCUCAUUAUACAAAGGAUGAAUUAUCAGCCCAAUUAUGCAAAAGACUCUUAUCCUAUUUUACUGGACCCGAAGCUUAUAUGGUAUACGAUGACGUGGUUCCUACGUUAACAAAGUUAAGAGAAAACAAUAUUAAUCUCAUCGUUUCAAGUAAUUCCGAUCUCCGUGUAAUGCAGAUCCUAAAGAACUUGGGCCUCAUGGAUUUCUUUGCCAAGGACCAAAUAUAUCUUUCCUAUGACCUCGAUGCUUCUAAGCCCGAUAAGAAGUUCUUCGAUUCCGUGUACGAACGAUUUUUGGCCUCGAAUCUACAUAACCCUAAUGAUGUUGACAAACAGCUUUAUUUGGAAAACUGCUGGCAUGUAGGCGAUAGUCAAGAUAAAGACUUUCUCGGCCCAAUUAGAUCUGGUUGGAACGCAGUUUUACUAGACAGAGAAAACACUAGCCAAUUCCUUAUUAAUUCUCAUUCUCCUCAAAGACCAAUGAUCAAGUCAUGUUUCGCUGAAAAUUCGGAUGAGGGUGUGGACAGCUCUGAAUUGAAGAUAAUUGCUAACAAUAGAGUAGUUCUUAGAAAUUUAGCCCAACUAUUAACCAUAUUUGGGUUGCACGAUUGA